CAGGCCACCAUGGCGCUUUCAUACACACCACCCUCUUCGAAAAACUAAACAAGCCCCCCCCUGAAAAUAUGUCAUCAUUUCAUCCAAUUUUUGGUCACACUUCAAAUUAAGAUCACCAGUGAUUUCACCACUAUUUUUAUUUCUCAAUCUAUUUUCUUUUUAAUUUCUCAUAUAUGGCUUCCGCUCGCAGACUCGUUCCCCUUCGCGCUUCCCUCCUUUUGAAUAAAUUUCAAACCUUUGGAUUUCAAAAAGGAUUUGGGGGAGGUUGUUUGAAUAGUCAAAAUGCGAGUAUGUCAUUCGACCAUAGUGUUGGGAAGUUGUUGGAGCAAGAACAUGUUGGCUGUGUGGAUUCUAAUGAGGAGGUGACUAAAAUUAGGGAAAAGUUCAAUAUGGCUAAGCAGAGAUUUCUCAAGAUUCCGGACACUUUAGGAAAUAUGCCUAAAAUGAACCCGAAAGGCAUAUAUGUUAAUAAGAACCUUAGAUUGGACAGCAUACAAGUUUACGGUUUUGACUAUGAUUAUACUCUGGCUCAUUACUCUCCAAGCUUACAAAAUUUAAUCUAUGAUAUGGCAAAACAAUACUUAGUUAAUGAGCUUAAAUAUCCAGAUGGCUGCUUGGCAUCUAAAUAUGAUCAGAGUUUUCCGAUUAGAGGUUUGUAUUAUGAUAGGUUAAAAGGGUGCCUUUUGAAGCUUGAUUUCUUUGGAUCAAUUGAGCCAGAUGGAUGUUACUUUGGUCGGCGCAAGCUUAGUCGAAAGGAAAUUGAAGAGCUCUAUGGAACACGACAUAUCGGGCGUGACCAGGCACGCGUACUUGUAGGCUUGAUGGAUUUCUUUUGUUUUAGCGAGGUAUGUCUUAUUGCAGAUAUUGUGCAAUACUUUGUUGAUGCCAAGUUGGAGUUUGAUGCUUCUUACGUAUAUCAAGAUGUUCGUCGUGCAAUUCAGCAUGUUCACCGAAGUGGCUUGGUUCAUAGAGGAAUUCUUUCCGAUCCCCAAAAGUAUCUAGUAAAGAAUGGGGAGUUUUUAUCUUUCCUUAAAAUGUUGAAGGAGAAUGGGAAGAAACUUUUCUUAAUGACAAAUUCUCCCUAUUAUUUUGUUGAUGGUGGGAUGCGCUACAUGUUGGAGGAUUCUUUGGGUGGAGAUUCCUGGAGGGAACUUUUUGAAGUUGUAAUUGCGAAAGCAAAUAAGCCUGACUUCUAUACAUCUGAACAUCCAUUCCGAUGCUAUGAUGCAGAGAAGGACAAUCUAGCUUUCUCUAAAGUGGAUAAAUUUCUUCCGGACAAGAUUUACUACCAUGGAUGCCUCAAAGCCUUCCUCCAGAUUACUAAGUGGAAUGGUCCAGAGGUAAUAUACUUUGGGGAUCAUCUUUUCAGUGAUCUGCGUGGGCCUUCAAAAGCCGGCUGGCGUACUGCUGCUAUCAUCCAUGAAUUAGAACAUGAGAUAAAGAUACAGAAUGAAGAUAGUUACCGUUUUGCACAGGCCAAGUUCCAUAUCAUACAAGAACUUUUGGGUAAAUUGCAUUCAACUGUAUCGGAUAGUAACACUUGUGAUGCUUUCAAGUCUCUGUUGGCUGAACUAAAUGAUGAGAGACAGAAUGCACGCCGCACUAUGAGAAAUAUGUUUAAUGAGUCCUUUGGGGCAACGUUUCUCACCGACACUGGCCAAGAAUCUGCUUUUGCCUAUCAUAUCCAUCAGUAUGCAGAUGUGUAUACCAGCAAGCCUGAGAACUUCAUGUUCUAUCAACCUGAGGCCUGGCUUCAUGUUCCAUAUGAUGUUAAGAUCAUGCCACAUCAUUUAAAGGUUUCGUCAAGCUUGUUUGGGAAUUCAUAAUUUGAUAGUUAAUGGAGUCUAAAAGAAGAAAGGAGAAAUACAUAGGAUGAAUGAAGGUGUAAGUUUUGAGUUUUGGAAGAUUUCAUAGUUUCUGCCCUGUACAGAUUCAUUGAUUUUUGAAAAUGUAGCAUUUACCAAACAAAAAGCAAAAUGCAAAUACUGCCCCUCCUAUUCCCUUUACUAUUUCUCAUCCCUAAGGGCUAAGAAGCCAUCAUUUAAUUGUUACUAAUUCCGAUUCUUCAUCAAGUAGAACAUGACAGUUUAGUCCCUUCAUAAGUAUGUCUUGUUAUAACCUCCAUGAUAAAUUGAAAAUAAAUGCCUUCUUUUAUUCUUUUUACUA